CCUGUACUGUCCACAGUCUCUGGUCAUCUCCUGUACUGUCCGCAGUCUCUGGUCAUCUCCUGUACUGUGUCCGCAGUCUCUGGUCAUCUCCUGUACUGUGUCCGCAGUCUCUGGUCAUCUCCUGUACUAUGUCCGCAGUCUCUGUCAUCCCCAGUACUAUGUCCGCAGUCUCUGGUCAUCCCUAUUACUAUGUCCGCAGUCUCUGGUCAUCCCCAGUACUAUGUCCGCAGUCUCUGGUCAUCCCCAGUACUAUGUCCGCAGUCUCUGGUCAUCCCCAGUACUAUGUCCGCAGUCUCUGGUCAUCCCCAGUACUAUGUCCGCAGUCUCUGGUCAUCCCCUGUACUGUGUCCGCAGUCUCUGGUCAUCUCCUGUACUGUGUCCGCAGUCUCUGGUCAUCUCCUGUACUGUGUCCGCAGUCUCUGGUCAUCUCCUGUACUGUGUCCGCAGUCUCUGGUCAUCUCC